AUGCUGUACCUGGUGGGCCUUGGCCUCUCAGAUGAGACUGAUAUUACGGUAAAGGGUUUGGAAGUCGUCAAGAGGGCCUCCAGAGUUUAUCUGGAAGCGUACACCAGCAUUUUGCUUGUUGAUCAAUCCGUCUUGGAAGAGUACUAUGGCCGCUCAAUAUCAAUCGCAGACCGUGAAAUGGUCGAGUCAAACAGUGACGAGAUUCUGCGCGAUGCCCAGACCGAGGAUGUAGCCUUCCUUGUAGUGGGAGACCCGUUCGGAGCUACAACGCACACCGACCUUGUCAUCCGAGCGCGCGAACUCUCCAUUCCCGUCCGAACGGUACCAAAUGCCUCCAUCAUGUCGGGCAUUGGGGCGUGCGGGCUCCAACUAUACAACUUUGGGCAGACAGUCUCCAUGGUCUUCUUUACCGACUCAUGGAAACCUGCCUCCUUCUACGACCGUAUCAAGGAAAACCGCGAAAUUGGCCUACAUACAUUGGUGCUUGUGGAUAUCAAGGUCAAAGAACAGAGCCUGGAGAACAUGGCGAGAGGAAGGCUGGUCUAUGAGCCCCCACGAUACAUGACGGUUGGACAAUGCGCACAGCAAAUGAUCGAAAUCGAGGAUGAGAAGAAGGAAGGUGCGUAUACUCGUGACAGUCUGGCCAUUGGCGCCGCUCGCGUGGGAGGGAAGACGGAGAAGUUCGUGGCUGGAACACUGGAGGAAUUGUGUUCAACAGAUGAUUUGCUCGGCCCUCCACUGCAUAGUCUGGUUUUGCUUGGAAGGAGAACGCAUGAACUGGAGCUUGAUUUCGUUCGGGAAUUUGCUGUGGAUAAGGAUAGAUGGGAUAGAAUUUGGAAGGCAGAGUAUGGGAAACAACUUUAA